AUGACCGAAACGUGCGCGGGAGCAAUUUUCAACACUGCUUGUCCUCGAUAUGAUGUGGAAAAGCGACUUCUCUUUCCUUCUCUGGGAUUAUGUAUGCCAGGGAUUUCCAUGAGGAUUACGGGUGGCUGUGAAGGGAAAGAAAACCACGCUUUGCCUCCCGGCGUUGUAGGCGACCUUGAAGUAUCUGGAGCCGUGGUCUUCAAGGGCUAUUUCAACAAUCCUUGCGAUACUGAGCAAUCGUUUACCAGUGACGGAUGGUUCAAGACGGGAGACCGUGCAUUAAUCAAUCAUGACGGUUGCCUGAUCCUGCAAGGUCGCACCAAAAAUCUGUUGGUCGUCAACGGGGUGAAAUACGACCCAUUCGAAUUAGAGAGUGCGAUUGAUGAAGCUCCCAUACUGGGCGUCACACCUAGCUGGACUUGCUGUUUCUCUUACUUCAAGCUGGGAGGGCAUACUGAAGAGGUCGUGGCUAUCUACGUACCAACGUACAAUCCUGACGACAUCAACGCCCGUGCCCAAACGGCUGAUGCAAUUGGCAAGAUCACCCUUUCGUUGACUGGCUGCCGACCGCAAAUAUUACCAUUACCCCAGUCCCUGCUUAAAAAGACUUCACUUGGGAAGCUCUCACGAUCAGCAAUGAAAGAAGCAUUUGAACGAGGGGAAUACCAUGUGUACGAAGAAGAAAAUGCCAAUAAGCUCGCGAUUUACCGCAUCAGCGCACGAGAGGAGCCUAGGGAUGAAUUGGAAUCAGAACUAUUGACGAUAUUUAUCGACUCAAUGAACGUGGCACCGAGUGAAUUCGAUGUGCAAACUUCAAUUCUGGAUCUAGGUAUCUCUUCAAUCGAGUUGAUCAAGCUGAAGAGAUGCAUUGAAACCAACUUAAAGUGUAUGCCCAUCGAAGAGAUUCCCCUGAUUACAUUAAUGACCAAUACCACCGUCCGGGAUCUGGCAAUGUGUUUAGUUAGUUCCCAAAGGCUCGUGGUAGCAUACAAUCCCGUGGUCAAACUACAGACAGGAGGUGAUAAAAUUCCUCUUUGGUUUGUCCAUCCUGGUGUGGGUGAAGUGAUGGUAUUCAUGAACCUGGGCAAGUACAUCACAGAUCGACCCGUUUACGCCUUGCGCGCCUCUGGUUUCAACCAAGGGGAGAUGCCGUUCGACUCUAUUGAAGAGAUUGUGCAGCUUUAUCAUGGGGCUAUCAAGAAAGAACAGCCCGAAGGCCCUUAUGCAGUAGCCGGUUAUUCAUAUGGUGGAAUGUUGGCAUUUGAAAUUGGCAAAAUCCUUGAGUCGAAUGGUGAUCAGGUGAAAUUCAUUGGCUCAUUCAAUUUGCCACCUCAUAUCAAAACACGCAUGAGCCAGGUGACAUGGAAGAUGUCCGUUUUAGACCUGUGCCACUUCUUACAACUCAUAUCGGAGGAUCGCGCAGGAGAGUUGGCAAAGGAGCUUCAGGACGUCCCAGAUAGUAGUCUGAUCACGGAGGUCAUGGUCCAUAUAAAUCACAAUCGUUUGACUGAGUUGGCGCUGUCGUUGGCUGCCCUGACAAGAUGGGCACAAAUUGGUUUGAAUCUUCACCGCAUCGCGGUAUCAUACGAACCCUCAUCCUCCGUGGCGAGCAUGGAUGUCUUUUUCUGUGAUCCCAUCACCGCCGUAGCUUCCUCAAAAAAGCUAUGGCUCGAAGGGUUUCUCCUCAAGUGGAAAGAUUUUACCAGAGCCGAGCCCCGUUUUCAUGAGGUUUUGGGCUCGCACUACACCAUGCUAUCGCCGGAAAAUGUCUUCUCAUUCCAGAAGACGCUACGCAUGGCAUUGGAGGCGCGGGGUAUCUAG